GAGAAACCUCUGGAGAAGUGUUUUUCUUGCGUCUUGACACUAAAGAGAAAAGAGGAGGGGUUAAAGUUUGUCGAGGAAAGUUCACUGGAGUCACCGUCUUGUUUUGGCAGUCCGGAGAGUUGACAAAUGACAGACGCAGCUGUGAGAGUAGAGAAAUAGGAGAACCGGGGGCACGCAGCGGAGGCUCAGCCCGACAUGACGCUCGGACAUCCCGCGGAGUGGACAGCUCUCAAACCCGGGUGCUGACGGCUCCCUGCUGCAUAACUGGAAUUACUUUUUAAAACUUUACACUGCUUGGAGUAUUUAAUACGUGCAAGAAUUAAAAUUAAGGUACGUCUGUCUGAAUUAAAGAGGGAGAAAUUAUGAUUUAGGUAGCUAACAACACUCGGUAAAUCUACUGACCUCGAGUAACCAUUAUGUUUCCACUGCAGUUGGUGGUUUACUGGCGUAUCUCGUUAUUUUUUUCGUCUUUCUUCUUGUUUUUGAACAUUUUAACAGUUCCAUCUGCCCUAAUCUGGAAUAAUAUCUAAUUUAGAAUUGCUGUGAAGUUUUAAAACACCAGAAUAACCACCAUGUCCCCGCUGCAGUUGGCUGUUUAUUGGCGGUUGUCGCUCAUUUUCGUUUUCUCGGCGUUUCUCUUCUUUUUGGACAUUUUAACGGCUGCAGCAGUGGCGGACACGUGUAGCCAUAACAACGGCACCGAAGUCACCGCGAGGACAGGCCUCAACCAAUCAGAGCCCGCGGAAUUAUCAGACCUCAGUGAUGAUUGGACGGGUUUCAGCUGGAGCCAAGAUUCCGUGUGCAGUUGGAGGAGGUGGCUGUGUUAUGGUCAGACUCUCUUCAUGGUCGGGCUGCUCCUAGGGUCUCUGGUGGGAGGAGCCAUUUCAGACAAGUUUGGUAAGCGCCCGGUGCUCUUGGCUUGUGCCUUCCUCCAUUCUUUCUGUGGUCUGGUCCCUGCGGUGGUCUCUCAGCCGAUCAUCUUUCUUGCUGUUCGAUGUGUCACUGGACUCUGCUCCUGCAUCAUCAAUAACUGUGCCUUCAGCCUUGCUGUAGAGUGGACUCUGCCCCCCUCUCGUCUCUGGCCUCCUGCGGUCCUCCCGUUCUGUUUUAGUCUCGGGACAAUGGGCGGCGCCUUUUUGGCCUGGGUCAGUCCCAACGUGACCUGGCUGCACCUGACGCUGUCCCUGCCGCAGAUCGCCUGUCUACCCCUCUUCUACUGGAUACCAGAGUCUCCACGUUGGCUCCUGUUAAAGAAGAGGACGGACGUUUUGGAGCGUUACCGCAGCAGCAGCAAAAAAGACAAACACUGUCUCGACCAACUGCUGGACUCUGCGUACUCUGAGCUACAGAAAGCCACUGAGGCCAAAAUAGAGACAGACUCCGCCCAGUGUGACAUCGUCCACCUGCGUCACCCCGCUGUCCUCAAACGCCUCUUCAUCAUGAGCUAUAUCAGCGUUGCUUCAGCGUUGACGUACUACGGCAUCUGUCUGAACAUUGGAUCGUUUGGUGUUGGCGUGUACUCCGCCCAGUUUUUCUCCGGCUUAUCAGAAGCCCCCUGCCUCCUAGUUCCAUUGGUCAGCUUGGGACGGCGACCAAUCACAAUCCUCGCUCUGUUCCUAAGUGGUGCUGCCUGCUUCCUUUCUCUGCUCAUGUCAAAGUACAAUUGUGAGGCUGUGCUGGUCAUGUCCUCCGCUCUUCUGGGGAAGCUCUGUAUCUUAAUGGCCACUCUCAUCUCCAACCUGUACAGUAUCGAGCUUUUCCCCACCAUUGUCAGGCAGCGCUGUGUGUCUCUGGUGAACCUCUGCUUUCGACUUGGAUGCCUUGCCAACACAUUAGUCCCACCCAGCUCUGAUGGAGCAAUCUCAUUGGCUGCGAUGUUGGUGUAUAGCAGCGGACCAAUCAUAGGCUGCGGUUUGUGCCUCUUGCUCCCGGAGACGAGCGGAACGCCACUUCCUGAUUCUGUUUACGACUGUCAACAACAAAAUAAGCAAGCAAGCAAAAACAAGACCAACAACAGUGACAGUAUCCUCUGCUGGCGAUGGACCAAUGUAAGCACCCACAGCUCGCAGACAGAGAUACCUUCUACCAAAGAACCUGUCGGACUCCUGCUCUGAUCUCCCACAGUGCACCAGGAGAAAUAUUGGGCAAUUCCUUAAGGUCUUCGGUUAAUCCUGGAUUUACCCAUGGAUAAAACAUUGACCUAGUUACAAAAGCUGUUAAAGGAUAAUUAACAUAACAUUUCAGUUAUACCACCCCUAAGAGAGUCCAGAUAAGUUUUAGUUCGUAAUAUAAAUAAAUAUAAUAGUAUAGUUUCUAGCAUGUGGUAAUGAAGCAGAACAUGUAUUUCAGUGAAUUUUUUAUAUCAGCCUAACAUUACAAGGAUAUAGGAUAGGAGGGCAGCUGACACACAGGGAUAUAGGAGGAUGGGAGGUCAGCUGACAAACAGGGAUGUUGGAGGAUGGGAGGGCAUCUGACACAAACCUGGUCAAAGAUAGACCAGGGCCUUUCUUCAAAUGUGUUUUAUAUUUUUAAAGACAAAAACCUGGUUUUAUAUUGUGUUCCUCAAAAAUGACAACGGAUUCUUUAAAAUGAAAAUGGGAAUAUAUUUGGAUUUUUUUUAAAUAAUGUCUUUAAGUAAAUAAAAUAAGUGUUUGUUGGACAAUCUUUUGCACACUCAAUAUUUUUUGUAUUAAAGGGUAUAUUAACGCC